ACUGGCCCGUGUGGAGAAGGAAGAAGCCUCUCACACGAGCACACGCACGACUCACGAGAGGGGAAGAGAGAGAGAGAGAGAGAGCGGCGAUGCCGGAGCUGCCGGAGGUGGAGGCGGCGCGGCGGGCGCUGCAGGCGCACUGCGUGGGGAGGCGUAUCGCGCGCUGCGUCGUGGCGGAUGACUCCAAGGUGGUCGUCGCGGCUGCCGGCCGCGCGGUCUUCGAGCGCGCCAUGGUCGGCAAGACCAUCGUCGCCGCGCGCCGGAAGGGCAAGAACCUCUGGCUCCAGCUGGAUGCGCCGCCCUUCCCGUCCUUCCAGUUCGGGAUGGCAGGUGCGAUAUACAUAAAGGGCGUUCCUGUUACGAAUUAUAAGAGAUCAGUUGUCAAUUCUGAAGAGGAGUGGCCCUCCAAGUACUCUAAAUUCUUUGCUGAGCUUGAUGAUGGCUUGGAGUUUUCCUUCACUGAUAAAAGGCGCUUUGCAAGAGUUCGUUUGUUUGAAGAUCCAGAAACUGUACCCCCAAUUUCUGAGCUAGGUCCAGAUGCUCUCUUUGAGCCAAUGUCUGUUGACAAUUUUUUGGACUCCUUGGGUAGAAAGAAGAUUGGAAUAAAAGCUCUUUUACUUGAUCAGAGCUUUAUAUCAGGCAUUGGUAAUUGGAUUGCAGAUGAGGUGCUUUAUCAGUCAAGGAUCCAUCCAUUGCAGAUUGCUUCAAAUCUAUCUAGAGAUGGUUGUGAAGCAUUGCACCGAAGUAUCCAAGAGGUUGUGAAAUAUGCUGUUGAAGUUGAUGCUGACCUUGAGCGCUUUCCAAAGGAAUGGUUAUUUCAUCAUCGUUGGGGCAAGAAGCCUGGUACAGUCAAUGGAAAGAAGAUUGAAUUCAUAACAGCUGGUGGCAGGACAACAGCCUAUGUGCCACAAUUGCAAAAACUGACUGGAACCCAAUCUAGCAAAAUGAUAGCAGCUAACCUGGAGCAACUGGCUGAGAACGGUGAUGCCAAGGAUUUAGAUACUGAUGGAGAAGAUGCUGAUAAUUUGAAGCCAAAAAAGCGAGCCGCCACCUCCAGAGCUGCCAGGGGACAGCAAAACAAAGAUACCAUAGGUGCCAGUUCCAGAAAAGCAAGGGGAAGCGGUGGUGGCAGUAAGAAACCAGGUACCCAUGUUGAGGCCGGGGAACUGAAAACGGCUGUCACUGAUAGCAAUGGCGAGCAAGGUUUGGACCAAGCCAACAGUAAUGCAGUCAAUAAAUCAGAUCAGGUUACAAGAAGAUCAUCAAGGAAAGUGAAACCCCGUAAGUAAAUCAGAACAAGAGCUAGGAAUCAAUCCAUUAGUCUUCAAUGGAAAUUUGGAAACAGCAUAUUGAUGUAUAUAUGUUGCCAGCAUAUUCUACUCAUUUGAGAGAAAUCCCUUGAAACCUGUAGGAACCAUUCGCGCUUUGUCUUCUGGUUCAUUGUAUGUAUCACUGAUUCACUGUAUAUGCCUGUUGGGUAUUCUUGGGGAAUUUGCUGUAGGGCCACAUUUGCCCUGUCCUCC